CGCCGCCCACCUCCCUACCGGCAAGCCUUCGCAGCAUCGUGUGCAGCUAUCGCGCCACAGAGUGGACCCCACGGCCUGAGAAAGCGCCAGCAUAUGUUCCAGGCGGCCAGGAAAGGCACUGCUUAUUGCCGAGCGUCACCGGCCGCAUCAGCCGUGUUCUACUACAAAUACCCCACCUUCACAUCUCGUCGCUCAUCUUCUCGCCGCUGCUUCUCCACUACGCCCAUGGCUUCCUUCCCUCCUCUCGCCCGACUUCUCUCCGCGAACGCCCAGUGGGCGGCGGACGUCGAACAGGUUGAACCUGGCUUUUUCGCCGAGUGCGCCAAGGGACAGACGCCGAGGGUUCUUUGGAUCGGGUGCGCAGACUCUCGAGUUCCCGAGUCGGUCGUUACCGCUGCGCGGCCAGGCGACAUCUUCGUGCACCGGAACAUCGCCAACCAAUUCCAUCCAGACGAUAUCAGUGCCCAUGCGGUGCUCUCCUACGCCGUCGAUCACCUCGGCGUUGAACACGUCGUUGUCGUAGGCCACAGCGAGUGCGGCGGCGCGACUGCAUGCCUCAACGCCUCGGUCCAACUCCUCGAAGACGAGGCCCGGACGCCAUGCUGCGACCCGUCUCAGCCCGCUGAAGCGCCCCUCAACCGCUGGCUCGCGCCGCUCACGAAGCUGGCUGCGGAGCUCAAGCUUUCGUCCGCGCCCCGCGACGAGGCGCUGGACGCCCUGGUUGAGGAGAACGUAAAGGCGCAGGUGGAGAACAUCAUCCAGUCGCAGACCAUUCAGAAGGCCUGGCAGAACGGUAAGAGCCCUCGCGGAAAGGAGGUCUGGGUUCACGGAUGGGUCUUCGACCUCUCCAUCGGCAAGCUCAAGGACCUCGAGAUCUCGCAAGGUCCCAAGGGCGCUAUCCUUGAUCUCCACGCCUAGAACCUAUCUAUAGAAGUAUAUCUUAUAUUAGUUGCAAGUGGUAAGCCAUGUUUAGGAAGAAACAGUGAUGUCCAGUAUCUCUACUACGCUUUGAUGCAUAUGAGCGCGACCAGCGCUGUAUGGCUGCGCGGCCCCAUGACCUCUUUGCGUACUC